AAUUUAGCAUUUUGCCCCUUAAUCUGAGACAGAAUCAACAGCAAAAUCUCCUGGCAUCUGGGUCGAGAAGAAUCAUGAAAGCUUUGCACUUCACAUUAGAAACUCCCAGUCCCAGUUUGCGUGUAUAUGGAAAUGGGGUUCUUUCCUUUAUGAAUGGAGUUGCAAUGAUCGAUGAUGGCAACAUGGCUAAGUCAAAUGAAGAGGAAACCAAAGCUGACAACCCUAAACCAAAAGAAAAUGGACCUGAAGCUAAUGCGCCCAAGCCAAAUGAGGAUGAAACUGAAGCCAACAUGUCUAAACCAAAUGAAGAUGCACCUGAAGCAGACAUGUCUAAUCCAAAUGACAAUGCACCUGAAACCAACAGGACUGAGCCAAAUGAAGAUGCUUUGUCUCCUAAGUCCAAGAUUGCAACUGGAAUUUAUGAAGAUCUAGUGGACAGCAUGAUUGUUGAUGUUGCAUCUGAUUAUCACCGGAUAAGAAAGUUAGGCCUUGAAGACUUUGAUUAUUUGGAGGAACAGGAAAAAGAAAUGAGGCUGUCAUGUGAAGCCAAUGAAAAAUUAAAUGGUCAUACUAAAAAGGGUACUAAGGACAAAGUAGACAUAUUCGGUCAAACAGGUGUUAAUCUUGUUUCAACCAAGGAUGUAAUUCAAUGCAUGCACUGUGGGGCACAAGUUGUGGCUGGAUUUUUUGCUCCUCAUUUGGACAGAUGUAUGAAGGGAAAGGGUAGCCCAGCUCGUCAUAGCGCAACAAUAAGAAGCACAACUGCUCAGAAUUCCUCUAAUCCUGUUUCUAAAAAGCCCAAGACUUCAGGUUCCAUUAGAGAAAAGAAGAUCUCGAAUGCAAAACCUGAUGCUGCAGAUGUAGAAAACAGAAAAGAUGUAGCUGGUUCAAAGAGAAGAAGUACAGGAACUAUGAAAUCUCUGCCUUCCAGUUCCACAAGUGCAAAAAAGUCCUCAAAAGCAAAACCUGAUGCUGCAGAAGAAGAAAACUUGGAAGAUGUAACAGCAAAGAAGUCCUCAAAGGCAAAACCUGAAGAUGCAGAUCAAGAGAACUUGGAAUAUGUAACAGAUUCGAGGAGAAUAACUAGAAGCAUGACUCUGCCUUCAGGUUCCAAAAGCACAAAAAAGUCCUUGCAUGCGAAACCUGAUGAUGCAGAUGAAGAGAACUUGAAAGACGUAAAAGGUUCGAGGAGAAUAACUAGAAGCAUUACUCUGCCUGCAGGUUCCAAAAGUGCAAAGAAGUCCUCAAAUCAAAAAACUGAUGAUGCAGAUGAAGGAAACAUUAGAAAUGUAACUGGUCUGAAGAGAAGUGCAAGAAAAUUGAAGAAGCCCAAGAUAUAGGCAACGAGUAAACUAACAUGUGCACU